GGGGCCUGGAAUAUGGCUGGCCGCAACUCAACCCCAGGCGGGAAGUCCGUUUGGGGAUGGAGGAAGAUGGAGGAUGCUGUGGUUCUGCAUCUCUGAGCUACUAACCUACUUUGCUGACUAGCAUGAGACCUUUCUGGAUCAUCUGAGGUGACGGUACAAUGCUUCACCACUUCUUAGUUCAUGCAGCAUUUCAGACCAGCAGGUGGCUUCCAAGAGAUCAAAGGUUAAAAUUUCAGAUUGUUCUUUUCAUCUUUGUGGUGCUUUUCCUGGCACCACAGUUUUAUGUUUUGUCAAGGCCAAAAACGUCUCGCUAUUGUGAAAAGCCGCUGUUGAACAAUCUCAUAGCCUUCAUUGUGUUCUCCUUUGUGGCAACAGGCUUAGCUGUAGCGCUUACACUCACUGACCCAGUUCCCAAGAGCAUCAGGGUAGCUUUUCACCUAUUUGGGCUGUUCGCAUUUAUCCAGGGACUCUGUACAGUCAUUCUUACCCUGUCUGCACCUCAGUGUGCGAAGACCAUCACAGAAUUGUAUAUAUUUUCUUUGGUAGUCUCUUGGGCCUGCAUACUCUCAACAGCUUUCUUUGUGGUCAGAGGAGCUCUUUGCCUGGUCCACAGACUGUUUCCUCAUUGGUUAAGAGAUACGUGCCUCGGGGGUUGAAAAUGAGCCACUGCUGCUGUACAGACUUCUACUGACAUUCAAUACAGCUGACCUGACAGUUUUUUGUCAAGGGCCUGAGCGCUAUAAAGGUCAUGACCAAAUGGCUUCUCCAGUACCACCCUCAGCCAUGCGUCAGACGGUGGGCGGCUAGUGUUGUUGAUCUUCUCGGCAAUGUCUGCGUA